AUGCGUUUGGCAACAAUCAGUCAAGAUGUUUCGGCAGGGAAAGCACGACCUGUACCGUCACCACCUUCCUCCAAUAUGCAUCUACCUGUGGCGUGCAAUAGCCGACGACUCGGCCUUGCUGUUAUCUUCUGCAAGGUCAUUCUGAUUGCACCAUCCUCAAUCACCGUCGAACUGGAUCCGUGUACUGGGAUAUCACUAGCGAGCACUGGACACUGUUAUGCCAGUGCCAGAGUGGGUCGUCUAGGGCUUCAAUACGCAGAGAACCGGGAACAUUUCACCGGCUUUGCAGCCAUCUCGCCGUGUAAUAGAAUCAACAACGCCUCAUUCCCUCCAACCCGUAUCUUUAUUCAGUGCACACAAAGCUUCAUCAACAUGUCGGCAACCACGAUUGACGCCGUUUUGGGCCCAAUUCUUCUUAAGAUCUCGCCGUGGUCGCUCUUUGACCAAGCAUGGACCAUGAUCAUGGACUAUUCCCCAGAGGAAUUCCGUUUCACUCAAGAGAAAAGUCCCAUGAGCACCUUCAAGGAGACCGGUGCUAUGAUUGCGUUCUACUAUUUGACAAUUUUCAUCGGUUAUCGGUGGAUGAAGAAUCGCGAACCAUUCAAGCUAUCUGCUCUGUUCAAAAUCCACAACCUCAUAUUGACCGCUGUCAGCGGAGCAUUGCUUGUCCUCUUCCUCGAACAGCUUGUUCCUUCGCUAUGGAACAACGGCUUGUAUAAUUGUAUCUGUAGUAGCCCAGGUUGGACUGACAAACUGGUCGUCCUCUACUACUUGAAUUAUCUCACCAAGUACGUUGAGCUGCUAGACACUGUUUUCCUCGUGCUGAAGAAAAAGCCAUUGACUUUCCUGCAUACCUAUCAUCAUGGAGCCACCGCCUUUCUAUGCUGGACACAACUGGUCGGAAGAACGCCUGUAUCUUGGGUGCCAAUCACACUGAACUUGACCGUCCAUGUAGUCAUGUACUGGUACUACUUCCAGAGUGCCCGUGGAAUUCGUGUCGGAUGGAAGGAGUGGAUCACUCGUCUCCAGAUCAUUCAAUUCGUUCUUGAUCUAGGCUUUGUUUACUUUGCCACAUGGGACUUUUACGCGGACGAAUGGGGUCUUGAUGGUCUGCACGUUGGACGCUGCGACGGCGAGUUAAUGGCAGCGGUCACCGGCUGUCUUACUCUUAGCUCAUACCUCGUUCUCUUCAUCUCCUUCUAUAUUGCUACCUACCGGAAACCCAGCACUCGCGGUCGCAAGGCACUCACAGUCAAGAAGGAUCAAGCUGUCACUGCGACUGGACGCGCUGCAGAGACAUUGAAAUCAGCUCGUAGCCGAUUUGGCACCGCCAGUAUGGAUUCUGUUGAAUCCAGCAAGAGCCAAUGGGCUGUCUCCCGCGAUUGA